AUGCUCGCAUGUCUCCUGGACGGGGACGACAUUGUGGAGAGCGAUUAUCGUUUUCUCGUCGAUGGAAGCCUCGCAAAAUACGUGAAAACGGCACCGGGUACAUUUCUCUGCGAUCAUCACGACCGUGCUUUCGAGCCUAUUAUCCUUGGGAAUCUCUUCCCCCAAUUCCCUUCCGGAGACUGGAAUAAUGACCAUGUUGCUCGAGACCCCGCUACAGGGGAACCUUCAUUUGUCAAGACCGAGAUCGUGCAAUUUCCUGGAGUACAGAACUGUUGGCAUCCACGGAGGUUUGACGAGCUCGGUUUUACUCGAAAAGAGCGAUUGAGACAGAGAGUUCACGUUUCGACGCACCCCGAUGUCAACGCUGGUAAACCUGUGCUGGUAAAAUUUGCUGUAUGGCCCUGGGAGGUUCAUUACGUCGAGGCCGAAACUACAGCUUAUGGAUGGCUUCAGAACAUCGAGGUCGUGCCAAAAUUUCUUGGUCACGUUACAGAAGGCAAAGAUGGACGUGUUAUCGGAUUUGUCACAGAGUUCGUUGAAGGCGCAAGACCGGCAGAGCCAAGGGACAUUGAGGGAUGUGAAAAGGCCCUGAAGAAGCUACAUGAACUCGGUAUCAAGAUGGGUGAUACUAACAAGUUCAAUUUCCUGGUCCGCGAUGGUCACAGCGUGAUGAUAGCUGAUCUAGAGGCAGCUGAGCGAGGAUGCUCGCAAGAUGAGCUCGAGGAGGAGAUGAAGGGUCUCAAAGCAUGGCUCGAGGACACUUCUUUCCUGGGUGGACAGUAUAUUAUCAAGGAAUAA